CUGCUCACUAGCCUGUGUUUCUGCUCCCUGCUCCUGGGUGUCAGCAAUGGAAGUUUCUUUUCAUUUAUUGGCGAGGCUUUCCAAGGAUGAAGCUUCUCACCAGCCUCCUUUUGUGCUCCCUGAUCCUGGGAGUCAGCAGCAGUUGGCUCUCAUUUGUCAAGGAGGCUUACCAAGGGGCAGGGGACAUGUGGCGAGCCUACUCCGACAUGAGAGAGGCCAACUGGAAAAACUCAGACAAAUACUUCCAUGCUCGGGGGAACUAUGAUGCCGCCCAAAGGGGCCCUGGGGGAGCCUGGGCGGCUGAAGUCAUCAGCGAUGCAAGAGAGAGCUUACAGAGUUUCUUCGGCAGUGGACACGAGGACACCAUGGCUGAUCAGGAAGCCAACAGACAUGGCCGCAGCGGCAAGGAUCCUAAUCACUACAGACCUGCUGGCCUGCCUGACAAAUACUGAUCAUCUUCCUAUUACCUCAGGAGGCUGUGCUGUGGGUCCGGGGACACAACCUGAGUUUUUCAGUCUUGUACCCACAGC